GAGAAAAAAGCAUUAUUGGCGUGCAUCGAAGAGCCCGUGGCCGACCCAGACCCCAGGAAGGAGAUAGAGCCCGAGCCCGUAGAGGCAGCCAUUUGGAAGGCCACCGACCAGAUGAUCCGGUUCAGCCAGAGGACGGUGGUGGGUCGGUGUGGAAUAUUCGUACGCAUGGAGGCCAUCCGAACGGAGAAGCACCAGACGAGGUAUCAGCCAUUGCAGGGAUACAUGGACGAGAAGACGAUUGUCAAGCAUUCGCGGGCGUGGAAGCAGAUUAUGAUGUUUUUUGCACGUACACAGCGAGAGCACGAAUGGACGAGUCCAGCGUAUCGA